AUGGCAUUCAAUCGAUCGACGGAUUAUGAUGGGACGUUUUUCCUGGCACUUUCAUUGAAUGAAACGACGAACGAAACGGAGUAUUUGACCGCUGCCAACACGUCAGAUCAUAUGGAUAUUGAUGAUGAAUACGACAAUGAAACAAUCCACAACUUCCACACGCCGGAGCCCGAACCGGAGUCCGAGCAGGAGUUGGAAGGUGCCGUACUGAGUACGCCAUUCGACUGGAAAGUUUGGGCGAACAAGGACUUUGCCUCGAAGAAAGAAGUGGAAAAAGAUGAAAUGAAACGUGAUCUAGAGAAGAUUCUUACCCAUGACGAUCAGACUGAUUUUGAAACAUGUGUAGAAGAUGAAUAUGAAUACGAUCUUGCAAAUACAUCACAGAGCUCGAUUUCUGGAAUCUCAAUGUCGAUACUACUGCCAACAACGUUGGGGGCGAAAUUUGCCUUGGAGGGGAGUACAAGGAAACAGAAAUUAUUGAUGCCUGCACCGCCACCAGAAGAAGAUCUGUUGGUAGAUUAUGAAUAUGAUACAGCCAGUCCACCUGAACAACUAGGCAAAAUACGCAAUAUCUCUGGAUUUUCCACCAAUACAACUGACCCAAGUCUUGUAUUUGCACCUACGAUAAUUGAUGACAAGUCUGAAAUGAAGUCAUUUGGAUCUCAAUACAAGUCCAAUAUCAGAUCCAGAGCUGACUCCUUAUCCGAAGAGCUUAUAUAUAACCCUGCUACGGGGGAAUACGAUUCCCAAGAUGACUCUUAUCUCUACCGAAAGCAAAAACGUGGGUCCAUCAGUACGACCCAUGGAGCUCUGAUUGCACAACUUAAUCAUAGAUCGAAAUAUCCUUCAGUUCUUAACUCGCCUUCACUAGGCAAUCAAUCGUGGACUUCAGCUGCCACUCCAAUACAAGUACAUCAUCAUCAUUACUACAGUACACCGCAAACCACUAGAGAUAUGUUGAUACAAUCACAAACUUCCAAUCUCUCGCAUAUGACUCCAUUGGAGUACCUGCAAAAGAUACAAGAGCUUACACCUAUGAAUAGAGGGCUGGUUCAAGAGAGACUUGAUGUCAUACAUCAAGAUAACAAUAAUGGAGAACUUGGCACUCUCCCACAACCUUGGCAAUCCAAUUCAACUCCACAUGAAAGAAUUCCUUACAUACUUUCUUCAUAUAUACAAUUAUUAUUAAAUUUUGUCGCUACAGGGUACGUCGGGUACUUGGUAUUUGCCAUGGUGAGGGCCGUUAGAACGGAUAUUUCUCACAAGGUUUCACAACAUGCCACCGAUAUUAUGGUGCGAAUUGCUGCAUGUGAACAUGAAUAUAUUGAGAAUCAUUGUGAUAAUGUUGUGCCAGCAACGGCCAAAUAUUGUGCAAAUUUACAAAGAUGUAUAAACCAAAAUCCUUAUGAGGGGGGUAACAUGUCACUGAUCAGUGCAGAAACGGUUGGAAUGAUUAUCAAUUCAUUGGUAGAACCAUUAGGGUUGAAAUUUUUCUUGGUAUUAUUUGGAUUUGUAUGUAUUUUAUUUGCAUGCAAUUUCAUGUUUGGAUUUUUCCGAGCCAAGGCAUAUUAUGGAUGGAAUGAAGAUACUGAUGAUGGGCAAAGGGAAAGGGUUGAAUAG